AUGAGCUCUAGCAUUCCUCCUUGGCGUGCGACCGCCUCGGCUCCUUCUACCGCAGGAGCUUUUACAACUGCGACCCCUGCCUAUAUUCCAGUACAAGCCCGUCGUAGCCUCAACCACCAUAACAAGUCCAACCCUUCAACCUUGAACGGAGCAUACCAGCCCGCUAUGUCGACAACGGAUACAGCCCAGGCACGUGUGGAGUUCUCUCCUGCUAUUCGCACCUAUGUACAGCGAUGUUUUGCUCCCGAAAAUCAGAUCGCCAGCGUGAGCACCGCCGAAAUGCAGGAGAAGCUCCGAGAAGUCAUCACCAACGCCGCGAAAAAUGAUCGACUUAAUGCCAUCGACUGGGAGCGACUGCAACUACCCCAAAUUAUAAUCCAGAACGAACGCAACAAGAUCUUGGCCAACCCCAGCGUCUCGAGCUGGGCCAUGUCAGGUCAACCCGCAUCUCCUGGAGAUGCCUCGCGCAAGCGCAAGUCGACAGAGCACCAACAGUCUGAGCCUGACUCGCCACCAUGGAGAAAAACUAACAAUCGCAAUCGUUUUGAGGACCGAGUCACUUACCCAACAACAGAGAAGAAAAGCCGCAUGGCACUGGACGCGUCAAGUAAGUCCAAAGCUAAUUUGGAGAUGAGGAAGAAACGGUUUGAGGGGGCUGGUGCCACUUACGGGAAAUCGGCCACCUCCUCUCCCCAGCCCGAAGUGGACCAAGGACCCGUCGUUGGAAGAUGCGAGAAAUUAGAGAAAAACUAUUUCCGUUUAACUUCUGCACCGAAUCCGGAUACCGUUCGUCCUUUGUCGGUCCUGAAGAUGACCCUGGAUCUCUUAAAGAAGAAAUGGAAAAAGGAGGGCAACUACGGCUACAUAUGUGACCAGUUCAAGUCCCUUCGCCAGGACUUGACAGUCCAACACAUUCGGGAUGAGUUCACCGUGUCCGUUUACGAGAUUCAUGCACGCAUCGCCUUGGAGAAAGGGGAUCUUGGUGAGUAUAACCAGUGCCAAACCCAACUGCGGGUUCUCUACUCGCAGCAGCUGGGCGGCCACCCAACGGAAUUCAAGGCCUAUCGUAUUCUUUAUUUCAUUUACACCCGGAACUGGACCGCUAUGAAUGAUGCUCUAGCCGAUGUGACUGCCGAAGACAAGAAAGAUCCCGCUGUCAAGCACGCUCUUAAUGUUCGCUCCGCUCUCGCGCUCGGAAACUACCAUCGUUUCUUCAUGCUCUACCUGGAUACCCCUAACAUGGGUGCAUACCUCAUGGAUAUGUUUGUGGACCGUGAGCGGUUGAGUGCUCUUGCCGCCAUCUGUAGAGCCUACAAGCCCGACGUGACUAUUCGGUUCAUCACUGAGGAACUGGGAUUUGAGUCCGAUGAACAGACCGCACGCUUCGUCAUUGAUCACUCCUCUGCGGACCUACUCGAAGAGAAAAGCGGGACUGUGAGGCUGCUGACUGGCAAGGCGGGUGGCCUGUUCGAACAAGCCAAGGCAGAAGCCCACCGCGUCGUUGAUAUCAAAGGGCAAAUCUAA